AUGGGCUCGAACGAGACUGCCGCAGGCAAGGAGAAGCCGCGGUCUGACCCGGUCGACUGGGUCGAAGACACAGCCGGCGCCGAGAUGUCGUCGAAAGAUGCCGCGGUCAAUGCGGCCAUGAGAGGCCAGGCCACCACGGGCUACGAGACCCUGACGCUCUGGGAGACCAUCAAGACGUUCAAAGUGAGCACUGCCGUGUGCUUUGCGGCGGCCUUUAGUGCGGCGACGGAUGGGUACCAGAUUGGCAUGAAUUCGGGCAUUGUUGCCAACAAGGGCUUCGUCGCCCAGUUUGCCACGCAGUACACGGCCGACGGCAAAGGGGUGCUCGCAUCGCCGGUGCUCGCGGGCUGGGGCUCGAUCCAGUCGGUCGGCCAGAUCGUGGGGAUGGUGUCGCUCUCGUUUGUGUCGAGCCGGUUCGGGCGCAAGGUGGCCAUGUACACGUACUGGCUGAUCCUGGCGGGCAGCAUCGUGGCCGAGAGCGUCGCGCGGAACUGGCAGGUGUGGCUGGUGGCCAAGCUGCUGGCGGGCAUCGGCGUCGGCUGCAUGCAGUCCACGCUGCCAACCUACAUCUCCGAAGUGGCGCCCGUGCGCAUCCGCGGCGGCCUGCUGAUGCUGUACAGCCUGUGGUGGACCGUCGGCACCUUCUUCGCCUACAUCGCCAUGCAGACCAUGAACCGGCAGCACCCGCACGAGUACCUGACCCCGAUCCUGACUCAGUGGGCCCAGAUCGGCCUGAUGCUCGUCAUCUACGUCUUCCUCCCGGAGUCGCCCGCCUGGUGCGUGACCCGCGGCGACACGGACCGGGCCCGCAAGGCGCUGCGGCAGCUGAACGGCCGCGUGCAGGGCUACGACCUGGAGCACCAGCUCGAGGUGCUGGUGCUGGCCGCCGAGCACGAGCGCGCCGUGGCCGUCGAGCAGAAGCGCGAGCACUGGUACGCCAUCUUCCGCGGCGUCGACGGCCUGCGCACCGUCAUCGCGCUGUGGACGAACCUGUCGCAGCAGUUCCUCGGCCUCACGCUGUUCAGCACCUUCGGCACCUACUUCUUCCAGCAGGCCGGCCUCCCGGACCCGUUCCUGAUCAAGUGCAUCACGUCCUCCAUCAACAUCGCCACCAUCCUCGUCGUGGUCUUCACCGCGGACCAGAUUGGGCGCAGGCGGAUUGCCUGUUGCGCGACGUCCCUGAUGUGGGUUUCGGUCGUUGUCGUCGGCAUCCUCGGCGUGGUCGCCAAGUCCCAGGCCACAAAUUACGUGCUCGUGCUCUUUGCCUGCCUUUGGAACAUGGGCAUGACCGCCAAUGGAGCCGCAGGAUGGGGCUUCAUCGGAGAGAUCUCGUCGCAGCGCCUGCGGCCCUACACGGCCGGCUUCGGCGCCGCCUGCACGUGUGUCAUCGGCGUGGCCAUGAACCAGCUAACUCCCUACAUGGUCAACCAGAACCAGUGGAACUGGGGCCUCAAGACCGGCUGGUUCUACGCCGGCGUCGGCCUGCCCUUCAUGCUCGGCAUGUGGCUGCUCAUUCCCGAGACGGCUCGUCGCUCCUCUGCCGAGCUGGACGAGCUGUUUGAGCGCAAGAUCAAGCCGUGGCGCUUCCACAAGACUGAGACAGCCACCCAGCGUCUUAUCAGGGAGAACAAGCAGGAGCAGAAGUGA